GGGAAGGAAGAUGAGGCAGGUCUGGAGGCUGGGGAGUAGGGCUGUCGAUUGGCUGCAAGGCGCGGCCCGGACGGAGAUGGGCGGUGUCCUGAGUUUGGUCCCGAAGGUGGCUACCGGCUUCAGUGAGACGAUCAUGGCAGCUCGGACCAGUCAGAGGACCCUGAAAAAGGUGAUCUCCGUCUCCGGAUGUCGUCCAAGGUUGGCAGUGGCAGCUGGAUCCCCGAUAUCGGCCCAGGGGCCUGCGCGGAACGUCAGAUAUUUAGCUUCCUGUGGUAUACUGAUGAGCAGAAUUCUUCCACUACAUACCUCAAUUUUGCCUAAGGAGUUAUAUGCAAGAACUUUCUUCAAAAUUGCUGCACCAUUAAUAAAUAAAAGAAAAGAAUAUUCAGAGAGGAGAAUUAUAGGAUACUCUAUGCAGGAAAUGUAUGAUGUUGUAUCAGGAAUGGAGGAUUACAAGCAUUUUGUUCCUUGGUGCAAAAAAUCAGAUGUAAUAUCAAAGAGAUCUGGAUACUGCAAAACACGAUUAGAAAUUGGGUUUCCACCUGUAUUGGAGCGCUAUACAUCAAUAGUAACCCUGGUGAAACCACAUUUGGUAAAGGCAUCCUGUACUGAUGGGAAGCUUUUCAAUCAUUUGGAGACUGUUUGGCGUUUUAGCCCAGGUCUUCCUGGCUACCCAAGAACUUGUACCUUGGAUUUUUCAAUUUCCUUUGAAUUUCGCUCACUUCUGCAUUCUCAGCUGGCCACAUUGUUUUUCGAUGAAGUUGUAAAGCAGAUGGUAGCUGCCUUUGAAAGAAGAGCAUGUAAGCUGUAUGGUCCAGAAACAAAUAUACCUCGGGAACUGAUGCUUCAUGAAGUUCAUCACACGUAAAGGGAAAAAAAGGACUGGAAUUGGUCACCCACUCGUAACUUCAGUUUAUUCACUUUUAGAGCGUGCUUUUGCCAUUGGCUUUCGGAAGUCAGAGAGCGUUUGUUCAAUCCAACUCUGAUUAUAAACCUGUACCAUUGAAAAUUUGCACUUGGAAUAUGGAACCACAUGUACAUAGAAUUCAAUCAAGUAUAGUUCAAAGUAAUGUGUAUAUAGCAUAUUUACAAUAAUGAGAUGUCAUCACUAUUGCUAAAACACUGACAUCACUCUUCUGAGCAGAAAUUGAAACGAAAUUUAAACCUUUUAGUUAUCACUUUACCUGAAAGAGCUUAGUUGAGAUGCUCAUCCAGUAUGUAUUUUAUUAACCAUAUCACGUUUAAGUUAUUAAAUUCAGACUAUUUAUAACUUAUUGUCAUAGGGUCUGCCUCAUAGGUUAGGAUAUUUCAGUAAUCAACAGAUACUUAGAGUAAAACUUUGACUUAAAAAUACUGUUAAUGAAGGUCCCCUGGCACUUAUUUUUAAAUUGUUCUUAUGGGUAGUAGAUAAUUCAAUGCUGUAUAGUGAGGUUAGCUCCCUAAUAAACAGCAAAUUUUUUGGUGAGUGGUCCAGAGCUUUUAAGAUACUUUUUAAAUUGUCUGAAGCCCUCUGCGAGGUCCUUUGACUGCCCUUUCAGUAGUGCUGAUUGUGCAUCAAAUUGUGUCUAUAACAGGGGCCACAGAUGAAGAUAAGGUGGCUGAUAUGUCUCCAGCCCCACGCAUCCCUAUUUUCUAUUUAUUAUGUGUACUCACUUUCAAUAAUGUAUUUCAAGCUGAUAUUUUUGUAAACAAAUCUAUGUAAGGACUGCAGUGGUAACUUAAUAAAGUUAAUUUGUUUAUUUUUUGUA